AUGGCCUUCUUUAAGGAAAAUACAACUUUGAGGGAAAAUAAGUUGUCGCAUAUUUGGGACACAACAGGAGGACUGUAUGAUAGUGAAUUGUACAUAGAUGGUUUAGUUGAUGAAUCUGUUGUUGAUGAAGUCAACGACAAUGGCACACGGUAUCACAUGAAUCCCGUGCUACACAGACUAUCCAUUAAAAAAGAAGAGGAGGGAAUAGGUUUUGAGAUCCUUGGAAUUACUCGACUCAACAGAAAUCCAUGCCACCGUGUGAUCAUUUAUAGCAGAGAGAACAAAUUCAGCUACUCAACGAAUCAAGAUAAAAAUAUUGUUUCUCUAUUCUUCCAUGGUGGUGGUUAUUUAAAUGCUAGUCCAUCCUAUUGGAAAGGUUUUGAAAAACUUAAGAUACUUGACUUGGAAGAUUUUGGGUUGAAUAUUUUGCCUGAAACGAUCGGCAUUUUGAUGGAACUAAGAUACUUGGGAUUGAGAAAUAAUUACAUAAAAGAGCUCCCAAAAUCAGUGGGGUGCUUGGAGAAUCUUGAGGUUCUUGAUGUUGCUCAAAACUUUAUGGUGCAAGUACCGGAUAUCAUAUGGGAAAUGGGUAGCCUUGUCCGCCUCUACAUGUCUGAUGUCAUUUGCAAGAAGCCUUUCAAGAUAGAUGUGCUUCAGCAGCUGAAUACCUUAACCUCAGUCUCAUUUGAUAAUCUAAUAUCUGACCUCUCAGGCUUGCAAAUGUUGGCUAGGCUUAAGAAAUUGGGUGUACAAGAUUUGGAUGGAAACGCACAUGUAAGCAAGCUCUUUGUGUCAUUGUUCAACUUGAAAUCUCUUCACCACCUAAUCUUAAGAGGGCACCGUUAUAGAAACAUGCCUUGUUUGGAUGACCUUGGUACUCUACACAAUGUCAAAACACUCAAAUUGGAUGGACGCCUUGAUAGGUUGCCAAAACGCUUCCCUAUCUUCAUGUCUUCCUUGACAUUGGCUAAUAGCUGUGCUAAUGAAGAUCCCAUGCCACUACUAGGGAAGCUACCUCACUUAGAGUACCUCAAAUUGCGGAACGCAUACACAGGUCAACACAUGGGGAUCCCGAAAAAACAUUUUUCCUCUCUUGAAGUGUUGUGCAUCGAAGAGUUAUGGAACCUGAGGAAUCUACAAAUUGGAAAAGGUGCAGUAGAAUAUCUUGAAAAAUUAGAAAUCCGCAAUUGUCCAAAUCUGGACACCCUCCCGGAAGAGGUUCGGUCAAUACGGGAUCUGGAUGACUUAAAGAUGGUGACAACCAAAACCAUUUCAACAAACAUCAGGAAUUCACGAUCAAUCUCCAAAAUAAGGUUUGUGAAUAUCAAUCCAUAA